AUGGCGACCGUCAAGAAGAUCAAGGUCAAGAACCCCGUCGUCGAGCUCGACGGCGACGAGAUGACCCGCAUCAUCUGGGAGGACAUCAAGAAGAAGUUCAUCCACCCUUACCUCGACAUCGACCUCAAGUACUACGACCUGGGGCUCGAGUACCGUGACAAGACCGACGACAAGGUCACCGUCGACGCUGCUGAGGCUAUCCAGAAGUAUAGCGUGGGCGUCAAGUGUGCCACCAUCACCCCUGAUGAGGCUCGCGUGGAGGAGUUUAAGCUGAAGAAGAUGUGGCUCUCCCCCAACGGCACCAUCCGUAACAUUCUCGGCGGUACCGUUUUCCGCGAGGCCAUCAUCGUGCCCCGCAUUCCCCGCCUGGUACCCGGCUGGGUCGAGCCCAUCAUCAUCGGUCGUCACGCCUUUGGCGACCAGUACCGCGCCAAGGACCGCGUCAUUCCCGGCCCCGGCAAGCUCUCUAUGGUCUACACCCCUGAGGGCGGCAAGCCAGAGGAGAUCGAGGUCUAUGACUUCAAGAGCGGUGGCGGUGUCGCCCAGACCCAGUACAACACCGACGAGAGCAUCACAGGCUUCGCCCACGCCAGCUUCAAGAUGGCCCUCGACCGCGGCCUGCCCCUGUACAUGAGCACUAAGAACACCAUCCUUAAGAAGUACGACGGCCGCUUCAAGGACAUCUUCCAGGAGCUGUACGACACCCAGUACAAGAAGGAGUUCGAGAAGCUGGGCACCUGGUACGAGCACCGCCUGAUCGACGACAUGGUCGCUCAGAUGAUGAAGAGCAAGGGCGGCUAUGUCAUGGCCCUCAAGAACUACGACGGCGACGUCCAGUCCGACAUCGUCGCCCAGGGUUUCGGCUCCCUUGGCCUCAUGACCUCGGUCCUCAUCACCCCGGACGGCAAGACCUUUGAGUCCGAGGCCGCCCACGGUACCGUCACCCGCCACUACCGCGAGCACCAGAAGGGCAACCCCACCUCCACCAACCCCAUCGCCUCCAUCUUCGCCUGGACCCGCGGCCUGGCCAAGCGAGGCCAGCUCGACGACACCCCCGAGCUGGUCGCCUUUGCCGAGAGCCUCGAGAAGGCCUGUAUCGACACUGUCGACCAGGACGGCAUCAUGACCAAGGAUCUGGCCCUCGCGUGCGGCAAGGACCAGCCCUAUGUCACCACCACCGAGUACCUGGAUGCCGUCGAGAGAAAGAUGAAGGGACUGCUGAAGGAGAAGUUGUAA